GAGCGCGUCAGCCUCCUAUAUAUAGAAGCAAGCUCCAUCAGACUUUGUUAAUUUGGUGUAUUUUAUUGUGGUUAUUUUAGAGGGGACUGUUCUGGCUUAAGGUACAUUGGUGUCGUUGGGCAGUUUGUUUGUUAAGCUUUAAGAAGGAAUGAAGUCCUGAAUUGGUGCCUUAUGCUGCUUGGGUACACUUAAGAAAAUUAGACAGUGAGAUUAUGUGCUUAGAAUAUGGAUAUGUCUAGAGGAGGGGAUGUCUUCUAGCUCUACAGGUUUUUUGUUUGUUUGUUUUGUGGUAAUCUACUUGUUGAAAGGAGUGGAAAUGAUUGUGAUGGUCUCAAAAGAAGCCAAAACAAAAAGUGGUGAUCCAGUUCCCAAGAUUGAAUUCACAGAGGAGGAGGUCAAGACCUGGGGGACAGUAUACCAAGAGCUUAACAAGUUUUACCCAGCUCAUGCCUGCAGAGAGUACCUUAAACACUUGCCCUUGCUCAAAUACUGUGGGUACAGGGAGAACAAUAUUCCCCAGCUGGAAGAUGUGUCCCUCUUCCUGAAAGAGCGCGCAGGUUUCACCAUCCGUCUUGUGGAU